AAUUCUCCCAAUCAAUAGUGUGAGAGGUAUCUUCAACAUGUUUUUGUAGAGCAGACUUCACAUCUUUAAUGUCUGAAUAAUUAUCAAUCUCUUUGAGAAUCUUUCAAUCAGAGGCAUUCAUUAGUUUCUAAUUAAUCUUAUCUUAUUAAUUUAUCUUAUAUAUUCUCCUCAAAAAGAUGCUAUAUUUUAUGUUCGACUGAAUAUUGAUACUGAUUGUUUUACAAUUAUCGAUGGUGAUAACGUAGAUAAUGAAAAAUUAAUGGCAGAAGAUAUAUUUAAAAAAGAUUCAACACGUACGAUACAGGGAAUUUUUUUUCAAACAAAACAAAAAAUUUAUAAGAGUCAUUACAUGAUCGGUUAUAUAAUAACGGAGUCCGAUUCCGCCGACGGUCUAAUCAUGAAAUGGGACCCAUAUGUCCCCAUGUCCUAUAAAUGCUCAGACAUCAAUGGUAUAAUUCAUACAGCCAUUAAUAUUUGUUCAACUUAUUCACUAUUACAUAAGAAAUUGAAUAUUAUUCGCAAAAUAGCUAAAAGUAAUGGUUACCCUAGUUCUUUUAUUGAAAGGCUCAUUAGGAUAAAAAUUAGUAAAUGGUAUAGCAAAUCUGAUACGUGUGUUGAUACGGAUACUGAUAAGAAAAAGAAAAGAUUGUUUAUUGAAGUGCCUUUUGUUGAGAAUAGUACAAGAAUGUUUAAAAAUGACUUACGAAAGUUUACAACUGAAGUUCGACCAGAUUCACAAUUAACAAUUAUUGAAAUGCCUCCAAUAUCAGUUCAAAAUUUCUUUGAUUUUAAGGAUAAAAUACCAAAUUACUUGAAGUCUGAUGUCAUUUAUAACGUUAAAUGUAAAGACUGUAGUUCACCGUAUAUGGGUAAAACUAAACGACAAGCAUGUAGACGACUGUAUGAACAUGGAUUAACCAAAGAUACCUAUAGUUCUCAAUCAUCUCAGUUAUUAUCUAAUGUGAAUCCAUCCUCUGUGACCACAGCAGCACAAUCAGUGAAAACAGCUUGA